UCAAAGAGAAAAACAACCCAUACAACAUCUGAUGCUUUUCUCUUUGUAUGACUUUCUUUCUUGCCCUCAAAGUCAAAUCUCACAGGCUCUACUCAUCUUUAAGAUUUUCAGUUCAUCAUUCUUUAAAGUACAUGAAAAUGAUCUCUAUGGCUUCUGUGACUCGAACCCACUUCCCCACACACACCCACCUUCAGUCUUUUGAAAACCCACCAAUUACUCUCUUUGAGAACUGCAAGUCCAUGGACCAACUCAAGCAAAUCCAUGCCCAAACAAUGAAAACAGGCCUCACAGCACAUCCAGUGGUGCUUAACAGAAUUAUAGUCUUCUGUUGUACUGAUGAGUUUGGCGACAUGAAGUAUGCCCAUCGGGUGUUUGACACAAUUCCUGAACCAAGUGUUUUUCUUUGGAAUACCAUGAUGAAAGGCUAUAGUAGGAUACGUUACCCUGAUUAUGGGGUUUCUAUGUAUUUCACAAUGCAAAGGUUGAGUGUCAAGCCCGACUGCUAUACAUUCCCGUUCUUGUUGAAGGGAUUUACGCGUGAAAUUGCUUUGGAAUGUGGCAAAGAGUUUCACGCUUCUGUGUUGAAGUAUGGGUUUGAUUCUAAUGUUUUUGUUCAAAAUGCAUUGGUGCACAUGUAUUCUAUUUGUGGUUUAAUUGAUAUGGCACGUGGGGUUUUUGAUAUGAUUUGUGAGAAGGAGGUUGCUACUUGGAAUGUAAUGAUUUCUGGGUACAAUAGAGUCAAGAAGUAUGAUGAAUCCUGGAAGCUCUUCAAUUGCAUGCAGAAAGAGGGAGUAUUGCCCACUUCAGUUACUCUUGUCUCGGUGCUAUCAGCCUGCUCCAAAUUGAAGGAUUUAGAUGCCGGGAAACAGGUUCAUAAGUGUGUCAAGGAGUGCCUGAUCGAACCCACUUUAGUUUUGGAAAAUGCUUUGGUUGAUAUGUAUGUAGCUUGUGGGGAAAUGAAUGCUGCACUUAAAUUUUUUGAAAAUAUGAAAACUAAGGAUGUAAUUUCUUGGACUACAAUUGUUAAGGGGUUUGCCAAUUCAGGACAAGUUGAUUUAGCUCGAAACUACUUUGAUCAGAUGCCAGAAAGAGACUAUAUUUCUUGGACUGCAAUAAUAGAUGGGUACCUCCAGGUAAACCGGUUCAAAGAGGCAUUGGAACUUUUCUGCCAAAUGCAGACUUCAUAUGUAAAACCAGAUGAGUACACUAUGGUAAGCAUUUUAACAGCCUGUGCACAUCUAGGAGCGCUUGAACUAGGAGAAUGGAUAAAAACCUACAUUGACAAAAACAAGAUCAAGAAUGACACCUUUGUUAGAAAUGCUUUAAUAGACAUGUAUUUCAAGUGUGGAAAUGCUGAAAAAGCUUUGAGGGUUUUUGAUGCGAUGCUUCAUAGGGACAAAUUUACAUGGACGGCAGUGAUUGUUGGCCUUGCUACAAAUGGAAAUGGUAGAGAAGCUCUUGGCAUGUUCUCUCGGAUGUUAGAAUCUUUGGUAACUCCAGACCAGAUAACUUUCAUUGGUGUUCUCUGUGCGUGUACUCACUCUGGCAUGGUGGAUGAAGGAAGAAAGUUUUUUGCUAGUAUGAUCACCCAACAUGGUAUUGAGCCUAAUGUUACACAUUAUGGGUGCAUGGUGGAUCUUCUUGGCCGAGCAGGGCAUCUAAUCGAAGCUUUUGAGGUUAUACAGAAUAUGCCAAUGAAACCAAAUUCAGUUGUGUGGGGAGCUCUUCUUGGCGCUUGUAGAAUGCAUAAAGAUGCAGAACUGGCUGAAAUGGCAGCUAAAAAGAUGCUCGAGUUGGAGCAGGACAAUGGGGCUGUUUACAUUCUCUUGUGCAAUAUAUAUGCAGCUUGCAAUAAAUGGGAAAAUUUGCGUGAAGUCAGGCAAAUGAUGAUGAAUAGGGGAAUCAAGAAAACCCCUGGUUGCAGUUUGAUAGAGUUGAAUGGUGUUGUCCAUGAGUUCGUAGCUGGGGAUCGGUCACAUCCUCAAUCCGAAAAAAUCUAUUCCAAGUUGGAUGAAAUGAUCAAAGACUUGAAAUUUGCGGGGUAUUCUCCGGAUACAUCGGAGGUUUUUCUUGAUAUAGGAGAGGAUAAAGAGAGUGCAGUAUGCAGGCAGUGUGAGAAGUUAGCACUUGCCUUUGGACUGAUCAGCUCAGGACCUGGUGUGACAAUUAGAAUCAUGAAUAAUCUUAGAAUCUGUGUGGAUUGCCACAGCAUGGCAAAGUUGGUCUCCAAGGUUUAUGAUAGAGAGGUGAUUGUUAGGGAUGGAACUCGGUUUCACCAUUUCAGACAAGGCUCGUGUUCAUGUAAAGAUUAUUGGUGA